AUGCCUUCUUCAAAGGUGGCGCCUCGUGCGCACAUGACCACAACAACGCUUAAAGUAGAUGGAAUGACAUGUGGAGCAUGUACCUCUUCGGUCGAGGCGGCAUUUAAAAAUGUAGACGGCGUGGGCAGCGUGUCUGUGAGCUUGGUCAUGGAACGCGCAGUAGUUACCCACGACGCCGAGAAAGUGUCCGCGGGAGAAAUACGAGACAUGAUAGAGGAUCGAGGCUUCGAGGCCGAAGUGCUCAGCUCCGACACGCCAGACGCACCAUUGUUCGACGUAUCAGACGGCGAGGAUACUGAAGAUAUUCUUGAUAGCGGCAUGUCUACCACCACAAUACACGUGGGCGGCAUGACUUGUGGAGCUUGCACCUCCGCCAUCGAAGGCGCAUUGAAAAAGGUUCCUGGCAUAAGGAAAUUCGAUAUCGCAUUGUUGUCCGAGCGCGCAGUCAUCGAGCACGACCCCACCAUCAUCCCUGCCGAACAGCUGGCCGAGACGAUUGAGGAUACUGGCUUCGAUGCGGAAGUCCUGGAGACAAAGCCCAGCGAACCACCUGCAUCAAAGCCAAAGCAAAGAAGGAAAAGUGUGCAGAAGCAGCUUGCGACUACCACCAUUGCCAUCGAGGGCAUGACUUGCGGCGCAUGCACGUCUGCUGUAGAAGGUGCAUUCAAAGAUGUACCUGGUCUGGUCGUCUUCAAUAUCAGCCUUCUUGCAGAGCGUGCAGUGAUUUUGCACGAUCCCGACGUGCUCUCCGUCGCGCGCAUUGUAGAGGCCAUUGAAGAUCGAGGAUUUGAUGCUUCCGUUGUGUCCAGCGUGGACGAUGGUGUGCUCACAAACACAGCUAACGCGACCGUUCAGCUCAAAAUCUACGGGCUCCCUAGUCCGGAGUCGGCCGCAGACUUGCAGACCGAUUUGAACAACACCGAAGGCAUCCUGUCAGCCGCUAUCAACUUCGCCACCACUCGCGCGAACAUUACCCAUGCUCCUGCCAAGAUCGGUCUACGUGCGAUCGUCGAACGAGUCGAAAGGCUUGGCUACAAUGCGCUUGUAGCUGAUUCAGACGACAACAAUGCUCAGCUGGAAUCUCUCGCCAAGACCAAGGAGAUUCAAGAAUGGCGACGAGACUUUCGCAUAUCUCUGGCAUUCGCUAUACCAGUCUUCCUAAUCAGCAUGUUCAUUCCCAUGUUCGUCAAGCCGCUCGAUAUCGGGGCCAUUAAGCUUCCACUCAUUCCCGGAUUGUGGCUAGGCGAUGUUGUUUGCCUUAUCCUCACCAUCCCCGUGCAAUUCGGCAUUGGAAGAAGAUUCUAUAUUUCUGCAUACAGAUCCAUCAAGCAUGGCUCGCCUACCAUGGACGUUUUGGUUGUUCUCGGUACCUCGGCUGCAUUCUUCUUCAGCUGUGCUGCCAUGAUUGUAUCCAUACUAGUUCCUCCUCAUUCUAGGCCGUCAACAACAUUCGACACUAGCACUAUGCUCUUGACUUUCAUUACACUCGGUCGCUUCUUGGAGAAUCGCGCCAAGGGACAAACAUCGAAGGCACUUUCGAGGCUCAUGAGCUUAGCACCGCCAAUGGCUACGAUCUACGUUGAUCCCAUCGCCGCCGCGAAAGCCGCUGAAGGCUGGGAUGCCGAGCACGACCUGGAUGAGAAGAAAGCGGACAAGGAACCUGCUGGGUCUGCAGUCGAGGAGAGGGCAAUCCCGACCGAGCUCAUCGAAGUUGGUGAUAUCGUGAUUCUCAAGCCAGGCGACAAGAUCCCCGCUGACGGAAUCGUGACUCGUGGUGAAAGCUACGUCAAUGAGAGCAUGGUCACUGGUGAAGCCAUGCCGGUUAACAAGAAGCCUGGUUCGGCGCUCAUGGCCGGAACAGUCAACAAUGCUGGCCGUCUGGAUUUCAACGUCACCCGCGCAGGCCGAGACACUCAGCUCAGUCAGAUCGUUCGUCUUGUACAGGAAGCUCAAACCAGCAGAGCACCCAUCCAACGUAUGGCAGAUAUUGUCGCCGGAUACUUCGUACCGAUCAUCAUCACAUUGGGUCUAGCGACAUUUAUUGGUUGGAUGGUAUUGAGUCACGUUCUGCCACAUCCACCAAAGAUUUUCCUUAUUGAUGCGAGCGGCGGCCGUCUGAUGGUAUGCGUAAAGCUUUGUAUCGCAGUGAUUGUGUUUGCAUGUCCAUGUGCGCUUGGACUGGCCACACCUACUGCAGUCAUGGUCGGUACCGGGGUUGGCGCCGAGCAUGGCAUCUUGGUGAAAGGAGGUGCGGCUUUGGAGACGGCUACGAAAAUUACGCAUGUCAUACUGGACAAAACCGGGACACUCACUUUUGGUAAGAUGAGUGUCUCACAAUUCGAGCAAGCUGGAUCUUGGAAGAACAAAGUCAGUCUCUGGUGGACACUGGUGGGUCUCGCCGAGAACAACAGUGAGCACCCCAUCGCAAAGGCAAUCCUCCGAGGCGCAACAGACAAGCUUGGGCUGGGAGUCGAUGGUCAAAUCGAUGGAAAUAUGGGCGACUUCAAGGCGACCGUCGGCAAAGGCAUCUCGGCCUCAAUCGAGCCAGGUCCGAGUUUCGAGCGCAAGCGGUAUGAUCUUCUGGUCGGCAAUGCAUCGUUUUUGCGAAAGCAGGGCAUCGACGUACCCAGAUCAGCUGAACAGGACUACGACGACCUUUCCAACAAGCGACGGCAAUCAAUGUCAGCUCCUUCAUCAUCAAAAGCGGGUCAAUCUGCUGGUAUCACGACAAUCCACGUGGCCAUCGAUAAUGAAUAUGCUGGCUUCAUCGGUCUUUCGGACACAUUGAAGCCAUCAGCACGUGCAGCCGUUGCAGCGUUGAACUGCAUGGGUAUUCGAACGUCGCUGGUCACUGGUGACCAAGCAAAUACUGCCCACCAUGUGGCCUCUCUUGUCGGCAUCCCUACUGAUAGCGUCUUCGCUGGCGUUCUACCUGAGGGCAAGAAAUCCAUCAUCAGUGAUUUUCAGAGCCAAGGCGAGACCGUAGCGAUGGUCGGAGACGGCAUCAACGAUUCUCCUGCACUCGCUACUGCCGAUGUUGGCAUCUCUCUCGCAAGCGGAACUGACGUUGCCAUGGACGCUGCGGACAUCGUUCUCAUGAAGCCCAAUCAGUUGAUGGACAUUCCCGCAUCACUCCAUCUCAGCCGAACAAUCUUCCGCAGGAUCAAGGUCAACCUGCUACUCUCCUGCGUAUACAAUGCUAUCGGCCUCCCCAUUGCCAUGGGGUUCUUGCUUCCCUGGGGCAUCAUGUUGCCUCCACUUGCUGCUGGUGCGGCCAUGGCUUGUUCCAGCGUCACUGUUGUUGUCAGCUCGCUUCUAUUGAAGUUCUGGAGCCGGCCGGAUUGGAUGUUGGAUGAAGAACUCGGCUUGCCGUCACGCAAUGCCAGUAUCUUGGCAUGGCUCUCUGGACUCAGAGAGCUCCUUCCGGGAAUUAGGAGGAAGAGAAGAGGCGAAGAAGGUGAUCGAGGCGCAUACGUACAGCUUGAAAAUUAUGAGCAUGUGUAAAGAAGCGUGUUGGGACAUUCGUUGGUUGGUUGGAUUGUUUUUUUUAAGGAUACCCUAUACUGUACGAGCGAAAUCGAAGAUCAGAAAGUUCCGCCACUCGUGGCAAGGUUCUAUUUU